UAUUUUCAUUAGUUUUUAUUUUUAUUUUAUAUGUUUACAAACUGCAAAACGCUUCGUUUCCUCUCUCUUCUUCCUUUCUCUUUUGUUCAGAAGCGGCUAGCUUCUCUCUGGUCUGAGUCAAUCGAAGAACAAUUUUGAACCAGGUGUUGUAAAGACAGUUAGAAGACAUGACGACGGCCGCUAGACCCACUUGGGCACCUGCGAAAGGUGGCAAUGAACAAGGUGGUACUCGGAUUUUUGGCCCAUCACAGAAAUACUCAUCAAGGGACAUGGCUGCCCAUACAUCUCUAAAACCCAGAAAGCCGGGGCAGGACACCCAGGAUGAGUUGCAGAAUAAAAACCUCCGGGAGGAACUGGAAGAGAGCGAAAGGAAGCAUUAUUCAUCAAAGGAUAAAUCUUAUAGUUAUGACAGAGAUCGCAGGAGGGGGAACCAGCUGUUAUUGGAAGGGGGCAGAAGGGACACUGAAAUUGUGCCACGUAAUAUAGAUGCUGAUGAUUCUGAUGUGGAAGCCCAAAGUGAUGAUGAAAGUGGUGAAGAUGACGAUGACGAGGAGGAUGACAUGGAAGCUCUAUUGGCCGAGCUUGAACAAAUAAAGAAGGAAAAAGCAGAGGAGAAGUUACGGAAGGAAAGACUAGAGAGGGAGGAAGAGCUUAAAGUCAAGGAAGCAGAGCUCCUCCGAGGAAACCCAUUGCUUAAUGGUGCAGCACCCGCAUCAUUUAGUGUGAAAAGAAGAUGGGAUGACGAUGUGGUGUUCAAGAAUCAGGCCCGCGGGGAAACCAAGACUCCUAAGCGCUUCAUCAAUGACACAGUCAGGAGUGACUUUCACCGCAAAUUCCUGCAGAAAUACAUGAAGUAACAUCGUAACAUAAAUCGCUCUCUUGAGACGUGACCCUCAAGUAUCGAAGACCAAAGGGACGUUUCGUGUUUAACAGUUGUAUGUACUGUAAUGUUGGAAUUGAAUGCAGUAAAAAUGUAAGCUGGAUCUUGAGAUUGAAUGUUACCUGUUUAUGAAUGUUUCGAAUUUGGUAAUGCGAUUGUUUAUAUAUCUGUUUACUUAA